GCUGCUUCAGUUUACGUUUGUGGAGGAUCACUUCAUGAUUCCUGACGAUCCUCUGGGGAAGGCGGGGCCUCACCUGGACGUCUUCCUUUGUAAAACCAACAGGUGGGCUUCAAGCACCCCCCCACCUCUGAGACCCCCGGACUUCAGGCUGUCGUCUCAGCAGCAGCAGCAGCCCGUGAACUUCCAGAGCCCACUGGCCCCGCCCUCCCUGACGCCUUACCACGCCGCUCACUGGCCUCACUCCGGACCCCCUGAAUGGCACCCCCCUCGCCGCUCCCCCUCCCCCUCGCCCUCCCCUCCCCCCCAGCGGACGGCGGGGGAGACGUCGGAGCUGAAGAGGAAACUGUACGACAUCUUCCCGGACCAGAAGCAGCGAAUCGACCGGAUCCUGAGUGACAACCCGUACAUGAGGGACCUGAACGCUCUGUCAGGCCUGCUGCUGGGAUAACACACACACACACACACACACACACACACACACACACACACACA